AUUAGUAUGAAGUCCAUAUCGUCACAGAAUGAAUGCUUACUCGAUGAUUAUGUGUUUAGCGAGGAAGCAAUUGCGCAGUUGGACGAAGAGUCCGCAAGCGCAUAUUUGUCAGUCACUCCUGUCACUCCUUACUCUGUUGAGGAUCUUCAACAAUUUUGUUUACUACCUGGGGUAUCAGGAACUGUAUCCGUAUCACCUGAAUCAAGGAGUUCAAAUAAGCGAACCGUUAUCUCAAGUCCCCUGUUGGAUUAUCCCGCCUACACACUUGAAGCCUGCUUGGCCCCUAUCUCACGGCAUAUUCGGCCGUGUUUCUUGGGCAAAGCGUUCAUUCAUUCCAUGAAAGUGGAAUCAACUCAGUUACGUUAUUGCUACCGUAUUAUCGUGGAUUCGACAUUCGAAUACCGCACUGUUAGUUGGAAAUCAAUGGCUCCGAGCCAACUCUCCCAGAUGAAGAGUUCGUCUCUGUCUUCUUCUUCUUCUUCUAUCUGGGACAUUCCAACCUCUGAGAUGAAUGAGGACAUCGUAAUCUCCCAGUCUGUGCAGGAAUCUUCCUGCCCUCACUGUUCAGCCGUCUCAUUAGAUUGCGAUCCCUCAAUGACCAACUGCUCUUUCUGCAGUGGCUCGCAAACCGUCUGCAAUUGCCUGGUUCUGCACUCUGAGCAGCAGACUGAGUGCUUCUCUCGCUUCGUGAACACAUGCCACCUUCCUGAGAAGUGCGUCGACAGAGCAAAGGGUCGUCUCUCCUUUCAACUCGAUGGCCGCGAGCUAGAGAUGGCUAGUCCGUUCCUAGACCGCGCACUGAACAACGAAGUGCAGCAAAUAUUGAUGGAUAUUCGAAAGUGGAGCUUUGAAAACGAGGUGAUGACGCGCCGUCAGACGCUGCUCAUCUCCGUCGUCCCUGUGCGUGAGGUGGUGUGUUCGCUGUGCGGGUUCCGGUUCGACUUCCUGGUUUACGACUAUGAUAAAAAGGUGGUGUGUCAGGAGUUCGCUCGGAUCUCCAAGUGAGCAAUGAAAUUUGGACUGUGGACUGUCUGAGGUGCUGUUAUAAUAUUGUUAUACUAUGGUCAUUCUUGUUAUUCUUAUCAAUAUUUUCCGGUG